GACCAUCAUUUACACCACCCAUGUAGAAACACUCUUCAUAUUAUAAUGGCUGUGCUAAGAGCCAGGGAAGCAAUUAUAUUAAGAUCUAUCAGACAUGAAUCAAGGAUCCGUCAAAUAGGUAGAAGGAUACAUAAACGCUUUCGGUCUUGGACCCAGCAAAGAACAAGAAAAUAUUGGAUGCCACAAAAAGUUUCACUCCAUGCACCUGUCGAUAUUAUGGACAGCUGGUCUAUAUCAGCAGUGGUACAAAAAGCGGCAACUGUAAGAAAACACGAUUCCCAUAUGUGGUAUAAUUUCGGUAAUAGAGUCAUAGAGCUAGCACCAACUUUAUGCCCACAACAGAUUGGCUAUAUAUAUUACGGUUAUGGUAAAAGUCGAUUCUACAAUAAACAUUUUUAUGAGAAAAUUUCGGAAUAUUCUGCACCACUAUUGAGCAACUUUCCUAGCAGUAGCUUGAUGUGCGUGGUUUGGUGUUUGAGUAGACUACAGCUUAGGCAAACUGCAUUUCUAAAUAGACUAGCUUCUGUCGUAGCGGAUAAAUUUGACUCUCUACGUACAACAGAUCUAAUGAAAAUAUGUGACGGUUUGGCCAGGUUGGAUAUAACCACGCCUUACCUCAAACAACAGAUUGCUGACAAAAUGAUUGGGCGACUAGACAGUUUAUAUGCACAAGAUUUCAGAAAUGCCAUGAACGACGUUACAUUGUUUCACAUGUACGAUGAAAAUACCCAAAUAUACAUAAUGGAACGUUUUCCCAGAAUUUUCAUAUGUGCUAGAGCUAAUACUUUGAGACAGGCACUUUCUUGUGCCCUCGUUGUCCGUGUUAUGUUGCAAAAUGUAUGGUUAAAGUUGAACCAAUCUACACGUAACUUCUACACAAGACUCAGCACUCGAACAAUACAACAAUCGGAACGCAGCCCUUCAUUAUUUCAUUGGGAUGUGUCCUCCACUUUAGCUGAGCUGGGCAUACAACAUCGCAAUACUUUCUAUUGGGGAUGCUACUGGAUAGAUAUAGGAGAAGUACGUGAUCGUCAAAAUUGUUGGUUCGUGGACGGCCCGUGCUGCUUUUAUUCUGGUACCACAAAAUACACAAACAAGGUGAAACUACAACACAGUGUUCUCAAAAAGCUUGGAUGGAACAUUCGUCGAAUACCAUGGUUUCAAUGGGUUGACGUCAUGAGAGACCAACAAGAAAGAAAAGCAUUUGUAAAAUAUAUUAGGGAACGUCAACCACAAAAGGAUUUGGUGGAUGAUGAAGCUUUAAGUUGUGUGGAACUGAAUGAAAAAUUGAACACAAUAAAACAACUUCACACAAAGUCUAAAAGAACCUUAACCCAAUUAUCCAAUUAGU